AUGUCUGAUGAGUCGGUGCGCCUAGCGCUGCGCAUCCACGACGAGUGUAACGGUAGCGAUGUAUUUGGUUCUGACAUCUGUACUUGCCGUCCUUAUCUCAUCUUUGGCAUUGAAGAGGCGGUCAAGGAAGCCCAGAACGGGGGCAGUGGUGUAGUCAUCUACUUCCGAAAGGAGGGCAGAGCCCUCGGCGAAGUCACUAAGAGGGGUGAGGACCGAGCCUCCGAUUAUUUCAAGAGAACAGAAAACAUUGCCGGAGUGAAGGACAUGCGUUUCCAGGCGCUAAUGCCUGAUAUCCUGCACUGGCUCGGAAUUCGCAAGAUUGACAGGAUGCUCAGCAUGAGCAAAAUCCCCAUACACGAGCGUGUUGAGCUGCCCGAAGAGCUGAUCCCGGCCGACUCCCGGGUAGAAAUCGAUGCGAAAAUCACCGCAGGUUAUUUCACUGCCGGAAAGCGCAUGACGGAAGAAGAGCUGAGAGCUGUGCAGGGCAGAAUGUGGGAAGACUUAGUCGCCAAUGCAAUCAAGACAACGCAGGACGAAUUGUCGGGUGAGCCCUGGAGUGACGAUGCUUCUUACAUCCGAUGGUGA